AAAGGAAUGCGGGUUUCGAACAAAUCCAUGACCGAAAAGAAAAUACAGUAGAAAAGUUCUCGUUGCCUCGCUCGAAGAACCCUAACUCGCUACUCGCUAGUGGAACUAGCGCCGCCGCCUCCUCGAGCUCGCCGCGUAGCCGCCUACCGGUAUAGCCACGCCCACGCUUGUUGGAGCUUGCUCCGCCGCCGCCCGCAAGCUAGCUGUCUCGGUACCUCGUAGAACUCGUUGGGCGGCUGUGCCGCUUCUUGCUGGCCGAUCUCCCCCCGCCUCACUGCCGCGAUUCAUCACACAUCGGCCAUCGACGCUUCGUCCUAGCAGGUCGCUCCGCCGCUGCAUCGCCUGCCCCUCACUGGCUCUCCGCGCGGUUCCAUCCUUCAGGGAUCCUAAUCUUGGCCUGGGGCUUUGUCGAUUCUUAGCUCUGGCACUGGUAGCUACGUCAGCCCGACCGCUAUCAUCCAACGCUAGCAGGGUAUGCGUGUUCUUAUGUUGAAUCUGCACACAUCCGUCUUCAACGCUACAGGAGACAAUUUAUAGAUAUUACUGUUGGUUGAUUGCUGUUUGCACGUGACGACAACUCUGCUGAGAUUACUACUUGUUACUGAAUCGUCAAAAAGAUUUGUUAUUGGAGAUGCUUGCUGUUGAAGAUUACAAGCUGCAGUUUGAAUUAAUUGGUUGAAAAAGUUGUAUCUCUCAGUAAUGGUACCUGCGCACAUUGGACGGCCUCCUUAGCUAAUUAAUCUUCUACACUCGGCAAUCCGGCACAUAGUCUGAUCCUGUUGGAUUCAGUUAAAAACAUUGCCCAUCUACCAUGUCAUUUGCCGGUGUGUCUCUCGUUGGCGACGACAGGGCCAUUGGCCACUCCAUCGACGUUGCCACACCCAGCGGGUACCACCUUCUUGUGGUCAACGGCUACUCGCGGACCAAAGAAGCUGCACCCAAUGGCACGAUGAUUAGCUCUCUACCUUUCAUGAUAGGAGGCCAUUGUUGGUGUAUUCGCUACUAUCCUAAUGGUUACAGCUCCAGGUGUGCUGACUAUGUAUCUCUCUUUCUUGUCCUUGUUGAUAAAAACAUCUCGACAGCUCUGAAGGUGCAUAAAAGAUUUAGCUUCGUCGAUGAGCUUGAGAAGCAAGAUUCAGUACAUAUUCGUGCAAAAAAGCCAAGAAACUACUCCAGCACUGAUUCAUCUUGGGGUCACAAGAAGUUCAUGAAAAGAGAUGAGCUUGAGAAAUCAAAGCAUCUAAAGAACGACUGUUUCACCAUUCGAUGUGACCUCACAGUUGCCACCAUUGUUGAUAUGUUCAUCAAGGUACCGCCCUCUAGCAUACAGCAACAUAUGAGUAACCUCCUCCUAUCCAAGGAGGGCACUGACGUGACAUUCAAGGUUGGCGGUGAGACGUUUGUCGCCCACCGGUGCAUGCUUGCGGCUCGGUCUAUGGUCUUCAAGGCAGAGCUCUUUGGCCCCAUGAAGGAGGGAAAAAUAGCAAGUGUCAUACAUAUAGAAUACAUGGAAGCAAAAGUGUUCAGGGCCUUGCUUAGCUUCAUUUAUACUGACUCAAUGCCUAUGAUGGAGGUAGGUGUGGUGGAGAAGGAAGAAGAAGCCCAUGAGGCAUUGUGGCUGGAACACUUGCUUGCAGCAGCAGAUAGAUACGAUCUUCAAAGGCUGAAAGUGCUAUGUGAACAAAAGUUGUGUGAACAUAUCAACAUGAGCUCGGUGACUACUAUUCUUACUCUAGCUGAGCAGCACAACUGUCGUGGAUUGAAGGACGUAUGCUUUGAUUUCCUCAAGACUCCUGCUAAUUUGAAAGCGAUAACAGCAGCUGACGGCUUGGAGGACAUAACUAGAACUUGUCCCUCUCUUCUAAAGGAGCUAAUUGCCAAGCUUGCUUUCUAAAAGUGGCAAAAAAAGGUGGCAGUUCAGGUUGAGAAACGCAUGGUGAUGGGUGGCUUGUAGCUAGAUGAUGCCAUUUAGUUCUCAAAAUAUAUCAUUGCCAAUCCUGAUUCCCUUUAGGAUUAUCAGUAAUAUUUUGUACUACUGUUAGUUUUAUUAUUCAGAGCAUGUCAUCAACUUUCUGAAAUUCGGUUUUGGUUAGAACUGCUACGCAGUUAGAUGGACAUAUCUGUCGUAUCUGUUCGGCGAUUUUAAUCCAAGCUUCUUGACUUGAAUUAUUUUCAGAUUCAGUCAAGCUAAGAUGUAGAUUUAA